AUGGCAGCUGCUAACGAGGACGGACCCGAGCUCAUGAUCCGCGAAGACAACCAGUCCUGCAUCAAAACGACCAAGAAUCCGGUCAACCACGGCCGCGCCAAACACAUUGAUAUCAAGUACCAUCACAUUCGCGAUGAAGUCAAGCGCGGUGAAGUGAAGCUUGAAUACUGCGAGACGACGGUGAGGUUGGCAGACAGUAUGACCAAGGGGCUCCACAGACCGCUCCACAAGGACUUGAAACCGCCGCUAGGCAUCUGUUCGCAUUCGGAUUGA